AUGUCUACUGCUAAUAAAUCACCUAUAGAUGAGUUUGAAUCCUUACAAUCAUUGAUGAAUGACUUUUCUGCUAAGUUCGAUACAGCAUUAACACAAAAGAGGUCAGCUAUAAUUAACGAUAAACAGCUUCAUUAUGUGAAAGUGAACGAAUUAAAAAACCAAGAAACCCAGUUACAAUCAGAUAUAGAAGGAUUGAAGCAGAAAGAAAUAAAGGUGAAAGAUACCAUAAAACGAACCAUGGAAGAUUUGCAGAUGCAACAGCUAAAAGUAGAUGAGUUAGCAAGGAAACAGGAUAGCUUAUUAGAUGAGAAGGACGAAUUACAAACAGAAAUAGACAACUUGAGCAGUCAAGUACAAACAACAACGGAUAGCUUAGAAAAAUCUCUGAAUAACUUAGCUGAACAAUUACGAAAGGACUAUCCAGAAUUGCUUAAGUACGAACAGCAUUUGGGGCUUAAGAUCGAAGUUAUCGGUCAAGAUUCGUUAAAAUUCGUCUUUAGUAAUAUUGAUCCAAACGACCUAGAUAAAGAAGUGUGGUGCGAGUUGUUAGUUGGUGGAGAAUUGUUCAAGGUAGGUGAUUCUUUCCCACCGUUAGCUCCAGAUAUUAUUACAUUACUUGAAAAUGAGUUUAACCAUCAUAGAGAAUUCGUGAAGUUUUUGAAAACGGUAAGAGCUUUAUUAAUGGAUUUAAUAUAG